GUUAAAAAACCGGCUUUUUUUGCAUGAAAUCUUUUAUUCUGUGUAGUGUGGCGUGGAUGUAUGUAGUGAAGUCUCAGAAGCUUGCCGAGAUGUCUGGAGAGCUAAGAAAUUCGAUUGAGGAGGUGCAUUUUGACCCUAACAUACCCGAGCACCUAGAUGAUCCUUUUCAACUACAAAAAAAGGUGUAUGUAUGCCAAUUAUGUAACGUUCAAGUUACCAGUUCAAACGUAUUAAAGAGACACAACGAGGGGAGAAAGCAUAGGAUGAGGGUCGAGAGACAAGGAAAAACUUUUAAAUGCGACCUUUGUGAUAUUUCUGCUAAUAGUCAAUCUCAACUUGAUGCUCACUUAAAAAGUUCAAAACACAAAGCGAAAUUAAUUAGAAGAGAAAAUGCAAACCAAAUGAUGAAUAAAGGAAUUUGGAUAAUAUUGUUUGGAGUGGUCGUAAUAUUCCUGAACCUGUUGCUUUUAUUUAAGUACAUUAAUUUGAUUCUAUGA